CUUCAGUCUUUGUUUUUUUUCCAAACACCAAAACACAACACAACUUAGUAGCAAAAUGUCUUCCGACAACUGCCCCGUUUACUCGAGCUUCUUUGGCGUCAUGGGUGCCACCGCCGCCAUCGUCUUCUCUGCCUUCGGCGCUGCUUACGGCACUGCCAAGUCCGGCACUGGUAUUGCUGCCAUGUCCGUCCUCCGCCCAGAGCUCAUCAUGAAGUCCAUCAUCCCCGUCGUCAUGGCUGGUAUCAUUGCCAUUUACGGCCUCGUCGUGGCUGUGCUCAUUGCCAACGGCUUCUCCGACCCCACCACCUACUCGCUCUUCAAGGGCUUCAUUGAUCUCGGCGCUGGUCUCUCCGUCGGUCUCUCUGGUCUUGCUGCUGGUUUCGCUAUUGGCAUUGUCGGUGACUCUGGUGUCCGUGGCACUGCUCAGCAGCCCAAGCUCUUCGUCGGCAUGAUUCUCAUUCUCAUUUUCGCUGAGGUCCUCGGUCUGUACGGUCUCAUCGUUGCCCUGAUUCUCAACACCAACGGCAGCAACCAGCCCGCUUGCUAAACAAUCCAAGAGCUCCCCAGAAUUGUUUCUCUGCCCCACCCCUCCCUCCGUUGUCUUGUUCGCCCGCGUUCCGCGUUCAAGAUUGUUGAUCCAACAACAAGAAUCUGAUCUAAAAGGCCCUCCUGUCGGGUGGCUUUUUUUGAUUCUCGUUUUUUGUUGUUUGUGCCAUCGGAGCGUUUGUGCCAAAAGUAUGUUUUUUUUUUCUGUGUUGUGUGGUUGCCUCUUCCAUUUUCUUUGGUGUUUUGUUGAUCAUUUGUGAGAAAAUUCGAAUAAUUGCGUCUUUUCAUUCCACCUUCUCUGCGAUUCCAUCCUUUUGCAUCGUCCAAACCACUGAAGCUACCCAAGCAUACAACUACUGUCGCAAUGCGG